GAGUUAACAUAUGGAUUCUGUAACACAUCCGCAUGAUAAAAUAUGAGUAACAUGCGUUAUACUAGCCCAGCAGGUGUCGAUUUAUUAGUUUAUAAACAUGGCCUCCGAAGGAAAUCUUCCUCAUGAGGCAACUCGCCGACUUCAACCAAAGAAACAAACUUUAGAUGAUGCUUAUGCUGCUCCAGCAAAUUUUCUAGAAAUUGAUGUUUUUGAACCAGUUAUACGCGGAGUUGCACGGAAACGGUAUACUGAUUAUGAAGUUCGAAUGAGGACAAAUCUACCUGUCUUCAAAUUGAAGGAAUCUAGCGUGAGGAGACGUUAUAGUGAUUUUGAGUGGCUAAGAAGUGAACUAGAGAGAGACAGCAAGAUUGUAGUUCCACAUUUACCAGGAAAAGCAUGGAAAAGACAACUUCCUUUCAGAACGGAUGAAGGAAUAUAUGAUGAUGAGUUCAUUGAAGAGAGGAGAAAAGGUCUUGAAAUGUUUAUCAACAAGGUUGCAGGCCACCCAUUAGCACAGAAUGAACGCUGUCUUCAUAUGUUUUUACAGGAGCCAGUAAUUGACAAAAAUUAUGUUCCAGGAAAAAUUAGAAACUCGUGAAUGGAAUGUUGCUGAUCAUUAUGGCAUAUGUCAUCAGCAUAUUGUAUUUUUUAAAAGGGACCUUUAAAAAAAAUUAUUGAAUUCCAUUUCGUAUCAUCAUGUUGUGCAUUGUUACUUUGGUUUUGAUCAAAGUUUUUACACCAUUUAUCUUAAGUAAGGUAAAAAAAGUUAAAGUAUUAGUUACCAAAUAUUUAAUAUAUGUAUGUAUGUACGUACAUUACUAAUCAAUAGUUGUAUCUAGACUAUGUAUAUUAAUUGUUAAUAUAUUUUAUUUAUUAAGAUCUGAUAUAUUAUAAAUGUGUGCUUAUUUUAUUUCUAAUGUACAUGUAUAUUUAUAAAAAAAAUAGUUUAUACAUUUACCAGUAUAAUGAUUGUUAUUUGAUUAACAUUUAAUCCUAUCAUUAAAGGAUUUAACUAUUACUCCAGUUUCUCUUUCUCUUUUUCCAUUAUUUUAAGAUGUGCUACAGAAAUGAGUUAACUUCAUACAAUGUGUGUGUAAUAUGUAAAGACAAGUUUUGUUUCUUUCAUUGUAAUAGAAAUCAUGCUUAUUAUAUUAUGGAAUUCUCACCCAAGUAAAACAAAGUGGGUGUAGGUUUAAUGAAAAUUAUUUGACUUGGAAGUAGUGGUCUGACAUUCUGUAGUCAAUAACAGAGUAUAUUUACAUGUACAUCAAGAGCAUCUAAGAUCAAUAAACUUUUCAUGAAUUGUG